CGUAGCACAGGGGCGCAGAGGACCAGAGCUGGACCGAGCGGUGCUCUGUGCGUAAUUCUGCGAAAUGCAUCAAACGUCGAGGAUGAUCCCCGCGCGCCCGCUGCUGCUGCUGCGGAUGUUUUGCAUCUGAUGAAGAUUUUUGUUCUUUUUGCCGCUCGUUCUUAUUUUGAUGCGCUCCCGUGGAUGAUGAAUAUGUUUAUUCUGGCGCUCUAGUGUAGUGCGUGAGUGGCGUGUGGCCGUCGGCGAGCAGGAGCUGUUGUCGGGGCUCAGUUGACAUGUGUUGCCCCUGAGCUCGACGGCGCCUCCCCCGGUGGUGUGGUGACAGGAUGCCGGUGCAGGCAGCCCAGUGGACAGAGUUCCUGUCCUGUCCCAUCUGCUACAAUGAGUUCGACAGCAGUGGCCACCAGCCCAUCAGCCUGGGCUGCUCCCACACGGUGUGCAAGACCUGCCUGCACAAACUGCACCGCAAAGCCUGCCCCUUCGACCAGACGCCAAUCAGCACCGACAUCGACCUGCUGCCGGUCAACUGUGCCCUGCUGCAGCUGGUCGGAGCUCAGAUCCCUGAUAUGCAGCCGGUGAGCCUGAGCGGCGCAGCAGAGGUGGAGAACUAUGAGAUCUGCAGGGUGUGUGUAGAAGAGCUGGCUCUCUACCUGAAACCUAUCAGCGGAGCAAAAGGUGUCGCGACCCUGAGUCCGAGUGUGCUCAGUCGGCCCAUGCAGAGGAAGCUGGUGACCCUGGUGAACUGCCAGCUGGUGGAGGAGGAGGGCCGUGUGCGGGCGGUGCGGGCGGGCCGGUCGCUGGGGGAGCGAACGGUGACCGAGCUCAUCCUGCAGCACCAGAACCCCCAGCAGCUCUCUGCCAACCUCUGGGCGGCGGUGCGGGCGCGGGGAUGUCAGUUCCUGGGACCUGCGAUGCAAGAAGAUGCACUGAAGCUGGUUUUACUGGCUCUGGAGGACGGCUCGGCUCUGUCCAGGAAGGUGCUGGUUUUGUUCGUCGUCCAGAAGCUCGAGGCUCGGUUCCCCCAGGCCUCCAAAACCAGCAUAGGCCACGUGGUGCAGCUGCUCUACAGGGCCUCCUGCUUCAAGGUGACUAAGCGUGAUGAGGACUCUUCACUGAUGCAGCUGAAGGAAGAGUUUCGCACAUACGAGGCCCUCAGGCGGGAGCACGAUGCCCAGAUUGUCCACAUCGCCAUGGAGGCGGGCCUACGGAUCUCACCGGAGCAGUGGUCGUCUCUGUUGUACGGAGACCUGGUCCACAAGUCUCAUAUGCAGUCCAUCAUUGACAAGCUGCAGUCUCCAGAGUCGUUUGCAAAGAGCGUCCAGGAGCUGACGAUCGUCCUGCAGAGGACAGGAGACCCGGCCAACCUCACAAGCCUUAGACAGCACCUCGAGCUGCUGGCCGACAUAGACCACAACCCAGACGCCCCAGCACCAUCAUGGGAGGAGCUGGAAAGCGUGAUGUUGGCUGUGAAGUUGGUGGUUCACGGACUGGUGGAAUUCAUACAGAACUUCAGCAAGAAGAGCCACGACACGCCGCAGCCUCAAGCCAACAGCAAGUAUAAGACCAGCAUGUGCCGGGACCUCCGUCAGCAGGGCGGCUGUCCCCGAGGAACCAACUGUACAUUCGCGCACACACAGGAUGAACUGGAGAAAUUUAGACUGAGGAACAAGAAGAGCAACAGCGUGGGCCGUGCAUUUCCGUUGUCGCCGGGGGUUAUGGGUAAAACCUUCACGAUGGAGGGCAGCCUCCACGAGGACGUGUCGGCGGCAGUGGUUGAGGGGCUCAAAGGCACAGGGGACAAUACAACUACCCUGACAGACGGUGUUCCCGGCCUGACUCACCCGCAGUUUAUCACCAGAGGGGCUGACAUUAUCGAGGAAAUGAAGAGGGUGGUGCCAAAUGGAAGUAGUGGGGCGAACGGGUGCAACGGGCUGCCUGGUACCAGCAGAACCACGUCGGGUGCAACGGAACAGAAGUCCAUCUCUCCUCCCAGGACUCCAGUCAGCCACUCAGCAUCAUCUCCCCUGACCCCGGUCCCGCGGGGUGACUGUGGCGCUCAGAUACCCAAACACGGUCAGUUCAUGCUGCGUGCGCCACAUCCUUCACAGGCCACAGAGCUGUACUACCAGGAGCCCCACUCUGCUUAUGACACGGCCCAUUAUCAACAAAACUCAGGUUCUUACUACCCAUCUACUCUUCAUCAUCCUCACAAACCCUGCAUGGCUCGCUUCCUCAGGUCGUCCAAUGUCCCAGAAUCCCCUCUGCCGCCCUCCAUGGGCCCUCCACCGACUUCCUACCACAGUGACCCUCAACCGCCUCACCCACCCUCCUCCUCUUCCUCGGGGUACCCACCACACCCACCCAGAGAUCGGAUGGGUCCCACCUUCCAUCCCCACCCGGGGCAGCCCCAGUACGGGCCUCUGGCUCCUGCUCAUGGGGUUUAUGCUCCGCUCUAUGACAGCAGACGAGUGUGGAGGCCUCAGCUGUACCACAGAGAGGACGCCAGGAGUAACUCGCUGCCUCCAGAGGUGCUGCAUUCCUCCGUCUACCAGCCUCCACUCAGGGAGAGAUUCAACUCUCUGGACAGCAACUACUGCUCCGGAGCGGACCACCGCACAGGGCUACACAGGGAUUACAGUCGUGUUCCUCUGGGCUACGAGGAUCUGUUCAGGAGGAAGCAGGAACAGUGGGCGCACCAUCACCACCAUCACAACACCAACAGACCCUCCCAGUCCUCCCCCAUCUUCACCAUCGACUUUGGAACUGAGCAUUUGGAGAACAGCGGUGGCCAGUGUGCCGGUUGCCGGUUCAGAGGCGAGGAAAGCUUAGCCCACUACUCCCCGUGGUCCUGUGGCACCAUCGGCCCCUGCCUCAGUCCCUUUGAGCCUGAGACACUGACGCACAGCUCAGCUCACUCGUGCUCGGAGCACCCGGAGUUGGAGGCUAACGGAGGCAGAGGAGGUGGUGGUGGCGGCGGUGGCAGCAGCAGCAGUAGUGUCGGGAAGCGGUGGCUUCAUUCGUUGGAUCACUACCGGCGCUUAAAAGACGAGGACCCCAUCAUUCCCUUCAGCGAGGGGCCCAUCAUCUCCAAGUGGGGGGCCAUAUCCAGGGCGUCACGCACGGGCUUCCACACCACCGACCCGGUUCAAGCCACGGCCUGCCACAGAAGCUCCAGCACCACACCCAUCAACUUUAAAGAUUAUAACCAACACAUGGAUCACAGUGACUACAGGUGGGGGUCCAGAGGAUCAGACUCUUCCAGCCACUCCAGUUUUCUCGAAAGCGAGCAGCUUUGUGCGUCGGAGCUUCACGGCCGGCGGACGUCCAUUAGCAGUGGAGAGAGAAUCGUGAGCUGUACUCUGCAGGCGCAUCACGCCGUCUACAGCCAGGACCGGGAGCGAGCCGAGAGCGAGCCGGACCCGGGCCGAGACAUCGAGCUGGAGCUGUGCGCUCUGGACAUGGAGGAUUCAGACCCCCAGGAGAGAAGGUCUCAGGAGUCUUUAGACCUGAUUCAUUCUCCGUCGCAGGAUGCUUCCCACCUCCUGCCACCUCCCUGCUCCUCUCCCCUCCGCUCAUCCCCUGUGAAGGAACACCCCCGCACAGAGAGUUCUCUGACAGAGAAGAUGGAUGCUCAUUUACUGAAAAAGAUGGCCUUCAGAAAGUCUCUGUCUCCCAGCGGGUUGGUCUCGAGGGGUCUUGGCGUCGGCAAGCUGGUGCUGCGGACCGGUCCCCCUCGACUGGGGGACACGUCCACGCCCGGCACAGAGAUGCUGCUGAAUGGAAGCUAAAGGGACACAAAGUCAGACAGUGGGACACGUACUGUGUUUGGCGCUGAGCUGCCAGCACACAAACAGAUCCUGUUGGAAGGCAGUUCCAUUGAAUUCCAGCCUUCAUAUAUGUAAAUCGUGUUCCUAAAUAAAACCUGACAGAUACAGCUGGGCAGUGUGUGACAGGCCCGCGAGGCUCCCGAGAAAAUCCACUGUCCUGUCUGCUAAGUGGUAAUUUUUACUACUGUAUUUACCACAGAGAAUUUAGUGAAAUCACUGUUAAUGCUCUGUAAGGUCCACGAUCAGAGGUUUACACAUUAUCCAGUUUCUUAAGGCCACUUUUUCAUUUUACUUGAGGAUUUCUUUGCUAAAACACUGGUUUAUAAUCAAACUCCCGAUAAUUAUCCAAGCAAAACAUUAUCCCAACUUUUGCAUUAUUCAUCCCUUUUUGUGGCCUCAUGGACAUGUAACACAUUUUUCCCAAUGUCUCGUUACAUGUUAAUGAAUUUGUUGAGUCCGCUGGUUUCGUUUGAAGGCUCUGUUGUGUUGCUGCGUAACAUUAACAUAAGUAUUUCCUGAAACAGAGAGAAAAGUGCAAUAACACUGAGAACAAAAACUGGACAGGCCGGUCUUACCCUCCUAUAAAAUAGAACGAAAAUUUGCCCACAACAGAAGUUUCCACUGUGGCGACAGUGAAACGAGCCUCUGUCUUUUGUGAGUCAUAUGAUCUUGUAAACGUUGACCUCCGAAUUCCCUCGACUGUCACGAGAUCACAGAGCACAACGACACAGUCAUAAAGAGAAUUUGUUAAUGAUCCUUGAUCAGUGAAAGUCACGAGGGAGCAACAUAGUAAAGAUAUUGUUUUUUGUUGUUUUAUAUCCCUAUUUAUUAUAAACCCUCAACAUAUUCCCUUAGUUCGCACUUGUUGCGUAACUAAAGGCAACACAAAGCAAUUCUUGUUUUGAUGUAGCUGCAUUUUGUCUAAUUUAGUGGAUUUCUCUGCACGCCACAUAAACUCACAGUCCAUCUCUCUCACGCACACAAAUAAUAGAUGUGUGCUCACUCCUUCAUGCACACACAUACAUGCAAUACAGUGGCCUUCCUGUCCCUGGUGUUGUAUGAAACUCAACUUUGGGCUCUUCAUAUUCUCCUGUCAGAGGCAUGAUCUCAGAAAAUGACCACUGGACAUCACAUUUCUAUUUGACCACAGCUAUUUAGGUCCCACAACAUUUAGACACACUCAAAUAUUCAGAUGAGGGUGUAAUAUUUUUCAAGCCGAAAGCAAAGUGAGGGACGCCAUUCCAUUUAGCGUUUCUUCGUGGGGGUUAAAGAUUUUGUUUUGUUUUGUUUGAGGCGUUGCUAACUUCCGUGAAGUUGUCCGAUCUUUGUUACUGUCGUUCGUCAAGUUUCUCAUUCGCAACAAAAAGAUCACGUCGUCUCGAGCUCCUCUGCACCCUCCCGUAAUCAGAUGUGCACCUUAAACCACCCAAGUCUAGUUCACAGUAACGUUGUGUGAUUUCCAUACAGACCAGCCUUGCCUCGCUCCCCUUUUUUUUAUAAAUAUGAGGCUUCUUGUUGCAUUAGUCCAUCUUAUAUAUUUAUAUACUGGAUUCACGGACUGGAGACUCCACUGAGUUUGUUUCCACCUCUUCUAAAUCUUAUGAGAUUUGUCUAGAAACAAAUCUCUGUAUCUUUCACCAUCCCUCUUCGAUGAAAUGUUGAUCAUGAGAAGCCAAGCCCUUCAAGUGAGAUCUUAAAUCCAGUUUUAGAGGAUGGCAGAAUGGCUGUACAUCUGAGGAAAGGUUUUGGGACCUUUGGUGGAAGGUUUCUGUCUUAGCUCCCGCCCGACUGCUGAGACAGGCGGGUGAAGAAAGUGAAUACCAGGACUGAACGAUCCAGUCUGACUCGAUGUGAUGAGGCUUUUUUUUUCCUGUUCAUUUCUGACCACACAAAGGCGAGAGCUGCCGCGGGGAUUCAGCCGCUCCAAUCCACAAAGAUAAGCCUCAGCUAAACUGUCACUCUGCAUCUGUUUACAAUUUCCCCUUCGAGGUCAUGUAAGUGCCAUGUUAUGUACAGUAUAGUACAGUGCAAUCAAUCCCUGCAAUCUCUCCUGUUUGCUUUUCAUAUUGCCCAGCUGUGGUGGUGGGGGGGGGGGGGGGGGUCGAGCUGAGGAAUGAUUGACCCUCCUCUCGCAGUUCCGAUUUGUCUCCAUUAGAGGAGGCCACAUCCUCGUCAGUGCGAGUCGCUCAGGGAAGACUUCAGUUGCUCAGCUGGUAGUUUGGCUUUUUGUCUCUUAAAGUCAUCACUUUAAAUAUUCAGUGGGGGUGUUUAGCGGCGGAUCAUUUCGCCCCCCCGAGGCAUAAAUGAGUCAAAGUGUUACCACUGAUAAUAUUGUUUGCCAGUGUUUGCUUUUGCCUCUUAGUAUCAAUAUUGGCUAUGCUAUACUUGCUCUCGUGGGAAAGGGCCGGGCACUGCUGUACGUAAAGAGAACAGUAUUGUGAGUACUGGUGAUACUCAGUGUUUCCUGCUGUAGUGGCUCAAACUGCACUGCACUGAUCUCCACCCCAUCACUGCCAACAGGUGCACUCUGCCCCCCCACUUUCCUGCAUCCGGCCUCAUGCAUGCGAUAUAGUCCCUCUUGUGAUGGCGGAUGAGUACUGAUGAUUCUGUAGUUGUGAUACAACACACCCAGCGCUGUAAGAAUUCUGCACAUGCCCACUGUGUGGCCACGUCAAGUGCUGAAGUUUGCUUGCGGCAUUUUACUCGUUUGCUCAUGAAACUGAAGUAUUGUUUAAUAGAGAUUAUAUUGUUAUUACUACGAUUAUUGCACCACAUUUGGUUGUUGUUGUGGUAUUUUUUUCUUUCCUUUAUUAGUAUAUUCAAAGUCUUUGCUUCUUUGUUUUGGAUAUUGAGAAUUUGCUAAAAUGGAAAAAAAGGAGGAAAUUUUGUAUUAGACGAGAAGGUGUCUCAUCAAUAUAUAUUAUAUGGAGAAAAAGUAAAAAAGCUUGUUUGUUGAUCGUGAAACUUAUGAUGAACUGAUGUUUUCUGACUAUUCAUGUCUGUAUUAGACAUUUUAUUUGCAAAUCUAUUGUUCGAUUGACCUGUAUAUGAACUAUUAAGAGAUGGUACACAUCUGUCAUUGUAUACAGUCUGGCACCAUCAUUAGAUGGACUUAAAUAGUAUAGACGCUCAUUUAUACGACCUGUGAUAAUCAUCUAUAUUUAAAUGUUUGAGUCAUUGGGGCAGCUGUGUAAUGUUUCAGAAUGAGGAGAAUAAAAACCCUUGAAGAGACAGCAUAUCUAAAAUGUCCCCAUAAUGAAUAAUACUGUUACGUAUUCCAUUUAUUUCCUUGGAAAUAUCACAUUGUGAAAGGUUUCCCUUUUACUUAACUGUUCGGUAACGCAGGACUGGAGUAGGUCGAACCUAUGGUGAUGACGAUUUUCUGUACAUGUUAUUGAUGAUUGAUGAAACUGUUUGAGUAUCGUUUGACUGACUGAUUCUUCUGUGCGUUUUCUGGCUCGUUCACUUGUAUGACACUGACGUAUACAGACAGCUUGGCCGAGCAGCGCUCUGCUUCUCUGUUGCACUGAGAGAUUGGAUUUACAAAAAGCAGGAAUUUGCAUGCUACAAUAAACCGAGAACAAAUAACGCC